CGGUUUAAGAGCAAGCGAGCGGAGCCGUGACUCUCCUCUGUCCGUGUCUUCAGUGCCGUUGUGGUGGCUGAGCUCCUGGAAGGACCGUUAACGAGCCCUCGGUCAAGCGCCGCCGGUGGUUCCCGCGUCCGCAGCGGGAAACCCUCGUAAAUGGGAAAAGACCGGAUCCGGAGCGUCACGGCUUCCGGCGUUCGGCCCCUCAGCGGAAGCUGCUGGCGGAGACCGUAGAGCCGAAAGUUUGCAACAUCUUCCUGCAACAUCUGGCCUCCGACCGGGACCGGCCAGAGAGCGGAUCCCGGUGCCGGUUCUGCAGACACCGAUCCUAACGGAGGGGGGAUGCAGCAGACAGGGAGCAGUGUGCCAGUAUGGACGUGCACGUGAGGGUGGAGAUACGUGCACGCUGUUGAAGUGAACCUUGUGAUCGUCGGGGGAACCAGAUCCUCCCCAGCCCGACCAGAAGACCUGACCCCCGGACCAGGAGCACCCCCGGCGACAGGACCCACGCAGCCCGAGCGGGGGGGACCGCCCACCCAGUCAGGCUGCAAUGGUGAACAGCAGAGUGGAGGCGCCAACGGUGACGGUGAUGGGUGGCGGGGGCGCCGCGGGAAGGUCGUGUGGCGGAUGCGGGGGGCGGAUCCUGGACCGGUUCCUGCUCUUCUCCAUGGAGCGGUACUGGCACACGCGCUGCCUGAAGUGCUCCUGCUGCCACGCCCCGCUGGGCGAGUUCAGCAGCACCUGCUACAGUAAAGGUGGAAUGAUCCUCUGCAAGAACGACUACAUCAGGCUGUUUGGACACAGUGGAGCCUGCUGUGCUUGUGGACAGUCCAUACCUGCCAGUGAAAUGGUGAUGCGAGCACAAGGCAACGUUUAUCACCUGAAGUGUUUCACCUGUGCCACCUGCAGGAACCGCCUGGUCCCUGGAGAUCGCUUUCAUUACAUCAACGGAACCAUCUUCUGUGAACACGACCGGCCGGGGGGGGGCCUGCACGCCGGACACCCCAGCAGCAUCAUGUCUGAUCAGAAGGUGUGCUGAGGAAACGGGGCCCGGAGAACCAAGUUGUGCCUCUCUUCUCCACCUGCAUCAGUUUCUCCCUCUUUCUACCCCCCCCUUAAAGAGCAGCUCUGACUGCAGCUGCAGAGACUCACAUGGACGUUCAGAAGCUGUUGAUGGAUCACUGUUGGCUCUGGACCUGAAGACCACAUGAGGUCAGGACACGGAGGAAUCAUCUGUCAUUUUUACACGACUUCCUCUAGACGGUGAAGAGGAGGAAGCAGAGAAGAUGACACCAGCUGGACGUUGAAGUGAACCUGCUCUGAAAGAGGGUUUGCAUGGAUCCAUUUGGUCCUGGUUCUAGUCCUCUGAGGGUUUAGCUGAACAGAACCUCAACCGGAUGGGACAGGAUAAGCGUCAGCUGCCUCAUGAUGCAGCACAUUUUCCCAUGAAGCCUCUGCUUUUGUGGCAGAAGCCUCCUUAUUGCUCCACAUCUCAGAUGACUUCUCCUUUUUUGAGGAUUUGAUUUCUCAUGUUGAAGUGAAUAAACCUGCAUUGAUCUCA